AUGACGAAACCAGCCUCCAGCCGAGCGGAUUUCUACCAGAUCCUCAGCGUCCCGUUCAUGGGGACGUCAACCGGCCUCUCGAAACAGACGAUCAAGCUCGCGUACCACAAAGCGCUGCUCAAACACCACCCCGACAAGGCCAGCGCCAUCGCACAAGAGAGUGUACUUUCGCGAGCUACAUCCAAUGGAAAUGGCGCAGAUGGCAACGAAUCGCGGUACACCAUCGACGAAAUCACAACAGCGUACAAAACACUUUCAGAUCCGGCUUUGCGCGCAGAAUAUGAUCUUGCACUCCGGCUGGACCGGGUGAAGCUUGCGGAGCGGGAGAAGACGGAUGUUUUUCAUACUGGGUUGGAAGUUGUGGAUUUGGAGGAUCUCACGUGUGAUGACAGUGAUGAGGAGAGUUUUUGUUGGUAUCGGGGAUGUCGGUGUGGAGAUGAUCGGGGAUUUCUGGUUACGGAGGAUGAGUUGGAGAGAGAGGCGGAGCAUGGGGAAAUUAUCGUCGGGUGUCGGGGGUGCAGCCUUUGGUUGAAGGUUCUUUUUGCUGUUGAGGAUGAUGGUUGA